AGAGAUUUUAUUUUAUUUUAUUAUAAAUAUUAAAUAGACAGCACGAAAUACAAAAUAGAAACCGAUUGACCAAUGAUUAAUUGACACGUAUCAUCUUCGGACAAUAACCUCCUCAACCCAUUUCUUCUCUCCGUAUAAAUACUACUCCCACCAAACCUCUCACCCUCUUCAUUCCACAGUGGUGUAAAGCACGCGCGUGGUUUAUUUUCUUUUUUCCUUCUUUCUCUCUCUUCUCCGAUCGUACGGCCCUGGAGAUCAUCGCCGAUUCCCUCGAAGAUGUCAUUUCCGACCUCCUCCAACGACUCAUCCUCCGCGGCCGUUCCUGAUGAUUCCGGCGUCGGCGAGUUCAUGCUGUUUGGCGUACGUGUAGUUGUUGACUCCAUGAGGAAGAGUGUGAGUUUGAACAAUCUCUCUCAGUACGAACAGCCUCAAGAGGUUGCCGCCGCCGCUACUGUUGCGGCCAACAACAACAAUAACGCCGGAAAAGACGACGGCGGUCCAGGUUAUGCCUCCGAUAACGACGUCGUCCACAACUCCGGCGGGAACCGUGAGCGUGAGCGCAAGCGAGGUGUUCCAUGGACGGAAGAAGAACACAAGCUGUUCUUGCUUGGAUUACAGAAGGUUGGGAAAGGAGAUUGGCGAGGAAUAUCCAGGAACUUCGUGAAGAGUCGAACCCCUACGCAGGUUGCUAGCCAUGCUCAGAAAUAUUUUCUUCGCCGGACCAAUCAUAAUCGCCGACGCCGUAGAUCUAGCCUCUUCGAUAUCACCACCGAUACGGUAACGGCAAUUCCAAUGGAAGAAGAGCAAUACCAUAAUCAAGAUAAUGCUUGUCACUCACUUUCUCAUCCAUUACCACCACUGAAUCCUGAGCCUUUCAAUCCUAGUGGGAGGUUCUCUCUGCAUACUACCGUUUCACCCUCUCCAAUUGAAAAUCUGUCAUUAGGCCAGACACAUCCAGAGAUUAACAACAGCACCAACACCACAGCUCAUCCUAAGCUCGUCCGCCCAAUAGCGUUGCAUUCCAUCCCUCAUGGUACAACUAUAGCUGAUUUUAAUUUGAAUCUGAAAUCAGCUGUAGACCCAUCACCUCUUUCUCUUAAACUAGCAUUGCCAACAACGAAUCCUAGGGAAACACCAUCAUCCUCAUCGGCAGCUAGGUAUUCGGCUUUCCAAUCGAUGUCAAGUUUCGCCAAUGGUGAUAGCUUCAUCACUGUUGCUUGAGAAAGUUGCUGGAAAUUAACUCAGUCAUAUGAGUUAAAAGAGGUUAUUAUAUAUUUUUAUUCCAGAAAUGACAAAUUGGGUUUAGAGAGAAUCAUUUAAAAAAAAAAAAAGAGGUAAAUUAAUUAAAGUAGGUUACUUAAUUUGAUCCUGGUUGUUCAUUGUACAGACUCAAGAUAAUGUUUAUGUCCUGUUCUUGGUGUUUUGUGCUA